UCUCUCUUCCCUAUAUAUGUAUAUGCCUAGACAAGUUCCCCCAUGCCUUUUACGCAAGUCAAACCAUUUCUCUCUAAACAAGAGAAGAGAAAGAGCAACAAUCAGAUAAGAAGGUAGCUAGAAAAAUAUAGAAAUUUCAGUCCUUAAUUAGUGAACUCUUUCUUUCUAGAAAUAGCUUGAAAGAGAGGGUUUAUCGAGAAAUGGGAAGGCCUCCAUGUUGUGAUAAAAUUGGUGUGAAGAAAGGGCCAUGGACUCCUGAAGAGGAUAUCAUUUUGGUUUCUUAUAUUCAAGAACAUGGUCCUGGCAAUUGGAGAUCUGUUCCUACUAAUACUGGUUUGCUUCGGUGCAGCAAAAGCUGCCGGCUCCGUUGGACUAAUUACCUCCGUCCAGGAAUCAAGCGAGGGAACUUCACUGAACAAGAAGAGAAGAUGAUCAUUCAUCUCCAGGCACUUCUUGGGAAUAGAUGGGCAGCAAUAGCUUCAUACCUUCCUCAAAGGACAGACAAUGACAUAAAGAAUUACUGGAAUACCCAUCUGAAGAAAAAGCUCAAAAAGAACCAAGGCGUAGAUGAGAACGAGAACACCCAAGAUUACUGCAAUAACAACAAUUCCUCAUCAUCUUCUCACCAAGCAAUCUCAAAGGGGCAAUGGGAGAGAAGGCUCCAAACUGAUAUCCAAAUGGCCAAACAAGCCCUCUGUGAGGCUUUAUCCAUUGACAAAUCCAAGGCCGCGGCCGAAUCAACGAACCAAGCGGCUAACCCGCGGGCCCCGCUGACCGCCCCCUACGCCUCAAGCACUGAAAACAUUGCCAGGCUGCUGGGGAACUGGAUGAAAAACUCGGGCCGGAACAAUGCAUCCCCAGCCCGGUCCAACUCGGAGACGGUCACAACCCAGACCGGGAUGGCCGGUUCGAGCUCUAGCCCGAGUGAGGGCAACUUUGAUCACUCAAUCUUCAGCUUCAACUCGUGCAACAACUCGGACGUCGUGUCCCAAGCUAUGUCAGCCAUCGACGAAAACGGCAGCGUUUUGCAGGUGGAGAGUAAGCCGAACUUCACGCCGGUGGUACCGCCCUUCCAACCCGGAGCGAAGCCGAUGAGCAGCGGUGCUGAGACACAAAUGCCCCUGACCUUGCUGGAAAAAUGGCUCUUUGAUGAUGCAGCAUGCAAUGUUCAAGCACAAGAUGAAUUGAUGAUGAGAAUGGGAGUUGACUUGGGUAUGCCCUUAGGUGAAACAGCUGAGUUGUUUUGAAGUCAUAUAUACAACACCAAAUUACAUAUAUGCAAAUAUAUAUGCAAUGUGUUAUGUGUGUGUAUAUAUGUCUUCCAAACAACUUCUAUCAUAGUUUACUUUUUACCUUUCCAUAUAUAUCUUAGGG